AGCCGGUCCCCGGUGCGGCCCCGCGGCGCCGCCCCCGCUCUUCCCCGGGACCCGGCGCGGCGGCGGCAGGAAGGAGGAAGGAGGGAGAGCGACCUGCUCGGCGGCCGGAUGAGUCAUUCAAGAGCUGGUGAGCACGCUGGGAGCUCGGAGCAUCUCCCCUUCUGUGGCUCUCGGGGAUCCCCCCGGCCGGUACGGGCUCCACUCAGCAUUUUGCUGCUGGCUUGGGAAGACUUUCUUGCAAGGGCAAAGCGGAGACCAAACUGCCGGGCGAGAGGUGCCUCCUCGUACAGGGAGGAGCAUGGGCUCUGCCGUCCCUCGCAGCACAAGGUAAAAUGAACAAGAUGAAAAACUUCAAGCGGAGAUUUUCACUCUCGGUUCCGCGGACGGAGACCAUCGAGGAGUCCCUGACGGAGUUCACGGAGCAGUUCAACCAGCUCAACAACCGGAGGAAUGAAGACCUGGCUCAAGGACACCUGCAGCUGGGACACCUGGGCAGGGACUUCCGAGCAGACACCAGCCCCAUCUCCCCCUCCGAGGUGGAAGGCCAGUCCCCCACGGCCGUGCGCUACCGCAACAACAGCCAGCGCCGCUUCUCCAUGGAGGACGUCAGCAAGCGUCUCUCCCUGCCCAUGGACAUCCGCCUGCCACCCGAGUUCUUGCAGAAGCUGCAGAUGGAGAGCCCGGAGUUCCCCAAGCACCUCAGCAGGAUGUCCCGACGGGCUUCCCUCUCAGAUAUUGGGUUUGGGAAGCUGGAAACCUAUGUUAAACUGGACAAACUGGGAGAGGGCACUUACGCCACUGUCUUCAAGGGACGCAGCAAGCUGACCGAAAACCUCGUUGCCCUGAAGGAAAUCCGCCUGGAGCACGAGGAAGGGGCACCUUGCACGGCCAUACGGGAAGUGUCGCUGCUGAAGAACCUGAAGCACGCCAACAUCGUCACCCUGCACGACAUCAUCCACACGGAGCGGUCCCUCACCCUCGUCUUCGAGUACCUGGACAACGACCUCAAGCAGUACCUCGAUAACUGCGGGAACCUGAUGAGCGUGCACAACGUGAAGAUCUUCAUGUUCCAGCUGCUGCGUGGUCUGGCUUACUGUCAUGGGAGAAAGAUCCUGCACCGAGACCUCAAACCCCAGAACCUGCUCAUCAACGAGCGAGGAGAGCUCAAGCUGGCUGACUUCGGACUCGCCAGAGCCAAGUCAGUCCCUACGAAAACGUAUUCCAAUGAAGUGGUCACGCUGUGGUACCGGCCCCCCGAUGUCCUGCUGGGAUCUACCGAAUACUCCACGCCCAUCGACAUGUGGGGCGUCGGGUGCAUCCACUACGAGAUGGUCACCGGGCGGCCCAUGUUCCCCGGCUCCACGGUGAAAGAAGAGCUGCAUUUGAUCUUCAGGCUGCUGGGCACCCCAACGGAAGACACCUGGCCUGGAAUAACAUCCAACGAGGAGUUUAAGGCUUACAAUUUCACGCAGUACCGAGCCCAGCCGUUAAUAAAUCACGCCCCAAGGCUGGACUCAGAAGGCAUCGACUUGCUGAUGAAUCUCCUUCUGUACGAAGCCAAGGGCCGGAUUUCGGCGGAGGCAGCCCUGCGGCACCCUUACUUCAAGAGCCUGGGCGAGCGGGUGCAUCUCCUGCCCGACAAUGCCUCCAUCUUCUCCCUGAAGGAGAUCCAGCUUCAGAAGGACCCUGGCUACCGAGCCUCAGCCUUUCAGCAGUCAGCCCGAGGGAAGAACAGGAGGCAGAGUAUAUUUUAAACUCGGAUCUCAUGUUCCCCUUGUCACCAUGGAGAUCAAGGCACUGAGAAAGGAGACGGUGACACGCUCCCACCUGACCCACCGCAGAAUUACUGACUCGAGCAGGACGAUGCUGAAGCGCCCUUGGCCGUGGGCUCUCCCCUGCCCGUCCCCACAGCCACAGCCCCCAGCAGCUGCUGGUGACAGACCUGUGGCCUUUUCCCCCUCUUAUUAUCACGUUGUCCCCAUCAGAUGUGAGCUGCCACCCUCUGAGCCGGUGCCGUAGUGAGGAGCUGCCCUGGGCAUUGCCCGGGAUGUGGGAUCGUGUGCUGCCCCAGGGAACCGCUUGCUGCCAUUGGCGGGGGGGGGGGCGUUGAGCUGGGCACGGGGAGGUUUUGUGAGCAGAGGGUGGUAUCUCCAAAGCUGGGCUAUGGAUCGUAGCGUUUGGCCCAGGCAGGCAUUCCUGAAAAAGUAUCUUUGCUCAGACAACCUGCUCUGCACCCCCUCUUUCUUGGGGUGACACUUUGCAGCCACAUUCGGAGUCGGGGGCACGGCCCAGCCUGGCACUGGAGAGACUGCACCUGAAGCACAAAAGCCAGGGCAGCCCUCCCGUGUUUGCCCUUGCCUCUGCCUGCAUAAAACCUUUUUCUCUCCCCAUCUUUGGUACCUGAAUCCUGACAAGGAUGGAGCAGCUGGGAGGAGGGGGCUUCCCAUUGCUUCCCCCAGCAUCUCCCCCUCCUUGCCACCGUCGCGUUUCCAAAUCCGCUCGGCUGGCUGCUCCCCGGGGGUGUCCUGAGCUGAGAGCAAGGGCUUGCUUGGCCCGGGGUGCAGGUACCUGCUGGUAGAGCUGGGCAGAAGUGGGGCCAAAGGAGCAUCGGCUCCGUGCUGUCCCCCAUCGCUGCGCCGAGCCCUUCGGCCAGCCUUCCCCAGGCACCGAUGGAGCAGCCCCUUUCUCAUCACCGCCUCCCACCCCCCAAGCCCCUCACCCUCUCUGCCAUCGUCACAAGGGGCAGGACGCGGGUCCCAGCCGGUGUCUCGGGAGCCCGUCCCGUCGCGGAGCCCCACGCGAGGUGGCAGAGCCCGCGCGGCGCAGCCUGUGUCACUGUACCACAGUGUCACGCACACCCACCGCAGUGCAUUUCUACCCGGAGGAAGGGGGAGAGGUGCCAAACCUCCCACAGCUCAGCUGUGGGGACCAGAAAUAGACCCAGAGAGAAGCAAAUCAUCCCUCAAACCUCCUCGCCCGGCCUCUACGUUUGUAGCCAGUGCCAGAUCGUACCAGCCCUGACUCGGAUGGGUGCCGUGGGACUGAGGUGCGUGCUCAGAUCUGAGGGUGCUUUGCUGGCCGAGGACCUGCUCCUGCUGCGUUUUUCCCUCCGCACGCUUCAGGAACGUGCCAAAUCCAUCCUGAGCGAAGAGGCCCCGUCGCACCUCUCCCCCACAGCCUGCAAACAGCCUGAAACAUCUUCCAGCGUGUGAGCGUUGCAAGAAGUCUCUCUACUGUAUAAUAUUCACAUCCUUUUCUUGGCUGUCCCGGGUGACUAGUCCUGUCCCCCACUGGUCCUCCAGCCCAUGGAUGUGGCCAGGAGACUCUGGACUUGGCAGGCAGCGGGACCGUCACCUGGCAGGACAUGCUGAUGUCUUAACCCAUUGCGUUCCCAGGCCGGGAGGCGUUGCUCGGGGGACGGUAACUCUCCCUGCCGCUGUUUCCCCACCGAGUCGGGCGUGAGGGCUCUCUUUUCUGCUUUGCUCUGCAGCAUUUCUUCCGUGAUCCUCAGAAAAUGCAAAGUGUGAGGAUAAACGAGGACACCCUGGAGCUCCCCAAAGCUUCUGGGGCGACACCUCCCUGUGCCAGUGCUCGAUGCGAUGCGUCCUCUGAGCUUCCCCCAUCAGACCAAAGCUGUUAAUUCGGCUUUGUCCUAGACAAGCAUCCAGACGUCUGCAUUGUUUGAGGUUUGCCCAUCCCUGCUCAGUUCCCUUCUCGGUAUGUCCAGCAUACAGCGGGCUGAAUAGUUCAUUAAUUGUUUCCAUUUGAUAGGGAAGAGCAUGAAUAGCCAUCAGCCACCAGUGACGCAUUUCACCCUGGUGUCAGGGCCGUGUUUUGCCCGGUUUCCUACACCCGGCUCCUGCUGCGGGGGGCUUUUCAGUAGGGAGGUUCACAAAGGGAGGUGUUGGCUGGAGUAAGUCUGAACUCUCAACGCCAUCGUCUUUUCUUUCACAAAGGCAAUUUAUACAGGAAUUUCCUUGGCACGGCAGGGAUCGGCGGUGCAGACUUGCACUUCCCGGGGGGGCCAGCUCCCCUUGGGAAUUGGCAGCUCCGCAGGCAGGGCAGCUCCCGGACACAGCGUCUCCCGUGCCCCCGCGGCAGCACCUUCAGGUACACGGAGCGAAGAGUGCUGGUGUGUCUGGGGGGAGCAGAGCCCCCCCCCCGGGGUCCGUGAGCGCGGAGGAGACCAGGGGGAGCAGGAACCCCCUCCACCUGCUCUUGGGAAGCCCGUUCAGGACACGUUGGACCUGCCUUUGUGCGGUUUUCUUGCUCGGCGUUGCCAUCCCCAUGCUGGGGUUGCCUCGGGCACAGACCUUGCUGGGGCGGUGGGUGCCCAGCGGAGCCGUCCCACCGGGGGGAUGGAGGCAGACCACGCCGGGCCACCCGAUCGGUGUGCUCUCAGCUCUCCCCCCGUGAGAGAGAUAUUCCUGCUGAAGGUCAAGGUCACCUACGGAAAACACUGGGGAAAAGACCUAGCAGUGCCCGUGUAGACAGCACUGCUUUGCCCGGGAUCGGAUAGCAAAGACAAAGGGCCUGUUAGCUGCUGUUUAUUCUGUCAUAGCCUUUGCCUUUCCUGCCGCAAAUCCUCCCGAAAGGAGACACUGUUAUUUAUUAGCCCUGUACGCUACUAAGCCGAAUUUAAGAUAACCCCUUUUGUUCCAGCGCAUUUAGUGGAUAUUUGAUUCCUAUUCCGGGGGGCGAUAGUGUGUGUAAAUAUUUGGUGCCCCGCUGAGCAAGGUUUGAUGUAUAAGCUCCCGUCGCUGCUGCACUUGCACGUGUUGGCUGGCAGAGCCCCGAGCAUCCGAUCUCCCGCGGCACGCUGCCGGCCAGAGCCUUCCCGGCUGCGAGGAAAAGGAGCUGCGGGUCGGCAGCGAUUAGAGCCCGGAGCCAAAUCCCCCUUCUCCAGCUCCUGGAUGGUGUUAUGGUCCCGCUGAGGAGCGCGGGGUCCGGCUGGGGUUACGAGGAUGGGGAUCUCGUGGAUGUCCCUGUGUAUAGAAGCCCCAUUCAGAGCGGUGCCCUGCUCCUCCCUGCCGGCUCCCGAUGGCAUCGCUCCCCGCCUGCUCCGGCACCUCAUCCCCGGCCAGGCUUUUCCCCAGCUUUUGGAGCGCCAGCCAGCUCCCAAGUUGGAUUUUUAAAGUAGUGCUAAUGAAAAUGCUGGGAAUGUCUGUGGCUCUCCGGCAUUUUUGUCAUUUCGUGGGUUCUCCCAUCCACCGCUCCGCGCAGUAGCUGGCGCUCCCCGCAGAUGGGGAGUUCUGACAAAAGGAAACCGUUUCUUUGUCUUCCAGACAUUUUUCUUGCCUUUUUUUUUUUUUGUUUACCAGUUCUGGUAGAAAAUGGGGAGUUUUUGCUGUGCCCCCAGGAAAAGCUGUGCUCUUUCGUGUCUCCAGCUGAUAGCUAAUUAAAGAAACGUAAGUAAAGCAAUGCGUAAAGCGAGGUCCGUGUUAGGGGACAACAAUAAAACCUCCAGGCAGAGCUAUUUUAUUUCACCCUCCCCGUACACACUGCACACGCCUUUCCUGGCCCAGCCCGUUGCCAGAUCUAUGUUAAGAUUUUAAAUAACAAAACUACGUUGUCUCUUGGAGACUAAGGACAAAAUACGUGGAUUUUUUUCCUCUCCUUCACGCACGAUGAAAAAAAAAAAAAUAAAGUAAUAAUCAGAGAGCCAUUUUCCCAAGCUUCUCAAAUGUUUUGUUUGGUUUUUUCCCCUGAGUUAUCUUCAGUCAGAAGUUAGGCUAGCAGAAAAUGGGAGCCCUGAGCUCCCAGGAGCAGGCUAGGUGGGAAAAUACUAGAGAAAGAGUUUAACCCAGCAGACUGAGUGACGUGAAAGGUUUAGUGUGUGUGUCCUCGGGCACGGGGAAGGGACCGGACCUUGGGGGUGGGAGCCUGCCUGGCCUUACGUGGCCAAACUGUGCGUUCACCAGCGUAAAUCUGGCGUCUUGCAGCCACACGAGCCCGGGAUUGCUCGGAGCACGGAGCCAGCGAUGGCUGAGCGGGUCCUACAGGGGCCACCGGGUCUUGACCCUGAAAUAGCCGAGGUUAAAAGUGACGUGAUGUCACCUGCCAAAAGCCGCACCGCUGCCCUGUCUCUUUACCCUCGAGUUGUGUAAGAAAUGUGUUUGGAUGUCCCCUUAGCACUCCCCACCGGCGAGGUCUGGGCACAAACACUAGGAAACGUGGAGGAACGGUUUUAAACCUAAAGAGGGGAGAUUUAGAUGAGAUCUGGGGAAGAAAUUGUUUGCUGUGAGGGCGGUGAGCCCCUGGCCCAGGUUGCCCAGAGAAGCUGUGGCUGCCCCAUCCCUGGAGGGGUUCAAGGCCAGGUUGGCCGGGGCUUGGAGCAACCUGGGCUGGUGGGAGGUGGCCCGGCCCAGGGCAGGGGGGUGGAAUUAGAUGAGGUUUAAGGUCCCUUCCAACCCCAACCAUUCUACGAAACCCACUUUUCUGGUUUCUUCAUUGCCUUCUCUCAUCCUCAGCGUCAUGCUUGUCCUCCAGCAGGAAAACCAGAUCCAGGCAGCCAGGAUACACAUACUGUGAAUGUUCUCUGGUGUGAUUCAUUUGCAGAAUACCGAUAAUAUAUAUUUAACUAGUGUACAAAUGAAAGAUGCAUUUUAAAAGAAAUGAUUUUAAAGAUUUAUUCCAAAAAGAAGCAAUGAUUUUUUUUUAUAGAAAGUUUUUUGUGGAAUAAAUGGAAAGGUACAAAAAAAAAAAUAAUAAAAGAUUGUAUCCAUCUAUCAAUCUUGUGUCUGAAUGUUUUGUAAGAAUAUUUCAGUUUUUAUAUUUCAGAUGUGACAUGGACUAUUUUGUGGAUGUGCUCAUUUUAUUGCUAAGGCUUAUAUUACAGUUGUAUUGUGAACACUCCAAA